UGUUCAUUUAAUAUGCCGAAUUGUAAAUGUAUCAUAUCUAUAUUUUUGUUUGUUAUUUUCCACUAGGUACUAGACUAUAAACACUGAAAAUACUAUACAAAAUGAGGUAUAGGGCGGCAAUAUUGGACAAAAGAUUAAUGGAAAGUGUGGCAAGUCAGUUUGGUAUACCAGUGAAUAAAAUAUUCAAUGAUCCGCGAAUACCAAUGCCACCAGAAAAAGCAGUAGAAGAUAUAAAGAAUGAAAAGCUUCUGUUUCAAGUUCUUAAACAGCUUCCAAACUGGGGAGUUGGACGGUUAUUCAUUUUCAAGCAAGACAUGACUGGUUUUUAUGAUGAUCCGACUUACUGGAGAAUAACCAGAGUUCUUGUUGAUCAAGAUGAUCAUGAUCUGAAUUUUGGCAUAGCAUGGGGGAUAUUCACAUGGAAAGGUUGGUGUGAAGAAUAUGAAAAACAAAUUCCGAGAAUAAAUAGGCAUGGUUGGAGACUCAUUCCUAAGUUGGAUGAACCCCACUUUACAAAUUUUGUGCCAAAAUCAAAAGAAACUAAAGAAGUUCCUCUGUACUUCAGGACUCCACCUUUACUCACAGAAAUGCUCAAAGCUGAAAAGUUACAAGAGAAAUCACCAGAUGCAAACCUGCAACCCAUGAUAAAACUUCUAUUGGACAGAAAUAGAGAAUGUAUUGAAAGGCAAAGAUUGGAUGAUGGAAGUUUGGUUUGAUCAUUCAAUACAUCUAUCUGGUUGUUUGUAAUGGGAAAUCGAGAAUGUAUUAGCUGAUAAAGAUUCUGACUCCUGGUCUAGAACCAAAAAACUGUGUGGAGUGCUGAUGCCUAAUCUUCCUUUGCUCCGUCCGCGAAAAUGACUUUAAGCAUCCAUAUGAUUGUUUGUUCCAAAAAAGUAGAUGUUACAAGUUUCAAAUGGAUUUUAAGUUUGGACAAACACAAAUCAUGUUUUAUGUUUAUGCCCGCCUUUGUAUUUCAAAUUGGAAAUGUUGAUUGUUAUGUUCAAUGUAUACUUUGAAGUUUUAACUGGUAGCUGAUGAUCUAUUUUCAAAUCAUCCUUCUGAUCAAAGAUACUUUGACCAGUUCCAAUGAUAUUCAGAAUUCCUAAUAGUUGAAUACAAUUUUGGGUACUCUGAAGUAUGCACUCCAAGAUGUCGCACAACCUGAAUCCUAACCUGGUACGCAACUUGAGUUCAGGUUCAUACUUCAGGAUGUCCCAACUUUGUCCAUCUGUAAGUGCAUGGUGCUAAGCGUUAUGAAUACAUUAGCAGUCGCACCUCUGAUUACUAUACAUGGGUUUGCUGGUUAGAAUCAUGUGACAAUCUUGUGCCAUAGUAUUGCGGAACUCCCAACAACAGUGUGGUCAUGCAACCGCUGUCCCCUAUAGUAUACGGCUUCCUUCACCACAAGGUUCAUGCAUCUGAAACAAAUAACUUGCUAACUAUGGCUAUCCGUACACGCCAUGGAUUCACAAUUGGACGAGAGGUCUUGGUUUAUCGUAUGUUUAUCAUCCUUCCUCUCUCCCGGGACAAAUAUUGAUAUCCUAUCCCGAAAACAGGACGUAGUUCUUCCGUUUAUCAGAUAAGAAAUGAUAUUGGUCGUGCAUUUUAUUGUUUUCUUUCUAAUAAUACACAUUCUGACAAAGUCAUUUUUAUUUUGUUGAAAUCGAGAACAAAAGACGUCAUAUUGUUGCAUAUCAUCUUUAUUAGCGAUAUUUUGUUCUGUCGAGUUCAGAAAACACUUGGUUUAAUUCCUCCCACUUCUCAAACAUUCGAAGUGGGCCAUUUAUUAUAUUUACUGCAAAAUUCAUUUCCCCAUAAGUUAUUGUCACUCGAACAGGAGAAAUAUAUAAUAUUUUUUGAUCUA